AUGUCGCCCUCAAUCACUCGAACGACGCUGAGAUACGGCAUCAACUAUAGCCAGUCUGAAGCCUUUGACAUAAAUGGCAUAGAUGCAGGGUUCAGGAAGCUCUCAACUACUGAAAAUGUUAGGUGGACAGCAGAGGAUUCUGAUUCAUCGCCGACCAGAGACUCCAGGACUGCUUCCGGGGUAGCACAUCGGCUACAGGCUAGUCGCUCUGUUCUAUCGUUGGCAAUCGGUGAAGAUUGCGUGUUUGCUGGGCUACAAGGAGGAAAUAUUGUUGCAUGGUCACUCGCCACUUAUGAAUCUAUAGCUUCAGUGCCAGCACACCAGGAGAGCGUUCUAGGGCUUCAUUUGUCCCAGGAUAAAGAGCUUCUCUUCUCCAGUGGUGGAGAUUCUACUGUCAACGUCUGGUGUACUAGAACCUUGGAGCAGCUCUACUCCAUAGAGUCGCAUCAUGAUCCAGGAGAUAUUUUCACUACCGUAUACUCGUCUGAUCUAGGGACUGUAUAUUGUGGUGGUCAAAAUACAAGCAUUCAAUGGUGCAACCUUCAACAAGGCGAUAUACCCCAAACAAGUACAAAGAGCGUCAAUAAACCGCACAAGUUUUUUGACUCAAUGGGCCCUGGCGCUACGGGGCCAAUCUCUAAAGCUUGUCAGGACGGGGAUGAACGCCAUCACGGGCAAAAGUUGUGCUUUAGGAAAGACCAGCACAAACUGUUCGCCCAUAACGGGUACGUGUAUUGCAUGCGGCUUGUUCGAGGGUUGAUCGAAAGUGGCGGCCGCGAAGUUCUAUUGACAGGAUCUGGUGACGGAUUCGUCAAGAUAUGGGAGCUUGGGCAAGAACCAGGUGUUGCGCCAAGGGAACUGUUCACGCUUCAGAAUCGAGAUGAAUCCGUUCUAUCUAUUUCCAUCGAUGGGACAUUCCUGUACUGCGGUCUAUCGGGGGGAGCAAUCAAUAUCUGGAACUUGGAGUCUAGGCAGAUCAUUAAAACAAUUCGCAGCCAUACAGGCGAUGUGUGGGCAAUUGAUAUCGUCAAGGGGUUCAUUCUCAGCGGUGAUUCAGACGGUAUUGUCAAGAAAUUCAACUCCCGGUUUGAGGAGCUAGGGUCUUGGACUGCCCAUGAUGGGAGGAUGCUCACAUCUACAUCAGGGAAUGUCAAGGGUAGAUGGAUAUUUGCCACAGGCGGUAACGAUAACACGGUUGCGCUUUGGGAUUUAACAGAUGAGAAAACAGAUUCUCAUGAAAUACCCGCCAUCGGUAACGACGAGAUGGUAAAUACGCUAGCAAAAUUUAUCGCCUUCAAGACCAUUUCAGGAUGUUCUGAUUUCGCCAGUGACUGCAACCAGGCAGCGGCCUUUCUCCGUAGGCAUUGCAGCUAUCUAGGUGCCCAAACGAAGCUUCUCGGUACCGGGCAGAAGAAGAACCCAAUAGUAUUUGCCAAAUUCCCUGCAAAUGCACCAAUGGCAAAGGGGAAAUCCAUUCUCUUCUAUGGCCAUUAUGACGUGGUUGGGGCUGGAACAAGCCAUCCCAGGUGGAAUACCGACCCAUUCCACCUUACUUCCCUUAACGGUUACUUAUAUGGGCGUGGGGUAUCAGACAACAAAGGUCCAUCUCUUUCCGCACUUUAUGCAGCUGCGGAGCUAUACCAGCGAAAACAGCUUUCCAAUAACGUUGUAUUCCUCAUUGAGGGUGAAGAAGAGUCGGGUUCCAAGGGAUUUGCACAAGCUAUCCGUGAAAAUAAAAGUCUGAUUGGCCCGAUUGACUGGAUCCUUCUGGCGAACAGCUACUGGCUAGACGAUAAUAUCCCUUGUCUGACAUAUGGAUUGCGAGGAGUGAUACAUGCGAACAUUCUUGUAUCCAGCCGCCAACCAGAUCUCCACAGUGGUAUUGACGGGAGUGCGUUACUCGAUGAGCCCCUCAAAGACCUGACAUUGUUGAUCGGGACCAUUGUUGGGCCUAAGGGAGCUAUAAAUCUUCCGGGAUUUUAUGACCCUGUACUACCCCUGACACCAGCUGAAAAGGCACGCUAUGAUGCCAUUGCCGAAGCCUUACUGCCCCAUCAUCCUGAAAUCAAGAACUUUGACUCGUUUACGGAAUCCCUCAUGCACCGUUGGCGCGAACCAUCCCUUACCCUCCACUGCAUUGACAUCCCUAGCUGCAAAAACUCAACCACUACCAUAUCAAGGAAGGCGAAGGCGGCUCUAUCCAUCCGCAUCGUACCAAACCAAGAUGCAGACAAAGUUGCGGAGGACUUCAUUAAUUAUGCACAAGCCCAAUUUGCCAAGUUAAAUUCCCAGAACACCCUUACUGUCGAAAUCACAGGGAAAGCGGACCCAUGGCUCGGGGACCCUGAUAAUGAGUUAUUCGAGGCACUUUCUCGUGCCGUGACAUCAGCCUGGACAACAACCCAAAGCAACGGUAGUCAGCAUCACGGAUAUCCUGCGCUGGAUAUAUCACAGCCACGGUCUCGGCCUGGGUUAUCCCAUACCGAUUCCUCGGAUAGCACUUCCAACAUCGAACGCAUCAUCGCCUCGUCAUCCUCGUCCAAGGCUCAUAUUACUUCAAAUAAGCCAUAUAUCCCCACCUCGUCAACAUUGGUAGACUUCUCGGCCCCUUCUACCGCCUCAAACUGCACUCAAGAAGUAUCUGGCCCUAAAACUCGAAGAGAGCAGCCAUGUGCCCAAAGUGAGAAGCAUCAACAAACAUCAACCCCUGCCAAUGUUACAAAAUCCCCAACAAAGUCCAACUGUAACAGUCUUAUCAAACCGAUAUACAUCCGCGAAGGAGGAUCGAUUCCUACCAUCCGCCUUUUGGAAAAGGAAUUGGGUGCUCCAGCCGCACAUCUACCUUGCGGGCAAGCAAGCGAUAACGCCCAUCUCGAUAAUGAACGGUUAAGGAUUCAAAAUUUGUAUAACAGCCGCGAGAUUUUCAAGACCAUGUUUUCAGGCCACUAA